AUGACAUCGACAAAAAUUAUUAUGUGGACAGGUAUGCUGCUCGCUACCGCAUUUGCUACAGCUACCGUCUACAGCUUUUUCCGCGACUCCCACUAUAAAUUUCUUACAUAUUUCCGAUUCCCUUCAAUUUUCCUCUUUCCUGCAAUACUUUACUUCAUCAUGGAAUUCGAUGUUCAACAAGUAAUGGAGCUCAUCAACGCUGCAUCGACUUUCUUUCGAGAUAUUGUCCAAUACUUUGAUAUCCAGAAAAUUGCGGAAAUCAUUACAAAAUUACCUUUGCCAUUUUGGCUUAUCACAGCACUUACGAUUUGUAUUCUGGGUGCCCAUAGUAUUGCAGCAUCUUUCUUCAAGGAGUAUUUUCAACAAACCGAAUACGCUGCUCAGAGUACCUCCGCCGUCCUCCAUACUGUCAAUCACAUCUUCACCAGCCCCCAAGCAUGCCUCCAGACAGUCUUCGGCGGCCUCCAAGCAUGCUUCCCGAUGAUCUUCAUGGGCGUCACUUCGCACUUUCCAACAGUAUGCCUAAGUAUAUUGUUUUGUCUGGGUAUAGUUCUGUUUGUUGCUAGUUUCUUGUUUUCGAAAGGCAAUCAACAACGGGCUUUUGUAUUAAUUGCUGUCAUCCUGGCCUCCCCAGUAAGUAAUUGGUUUUGA